AUGAGCAGCCAGCAUGUGGGGCUGAACAUUCGAGGCGAAGACAAGUCGCUAGCCGCUGUGCCGUCACCAUUCCCUCUAAGCAGCAGGAAGGCAUACACAGCAUGGGUGGACUAUGAGCCGGGGGAUCCCGGCACCAUCCAGGUCUUCCUGGCUGAAUCGAAGGAGAAGCCGCGGGAGGCGGUGCUGGAGAGGAGGCUGGCACUGUGUGAGGUGCUGCAGGGUGGGCCCGAGCAGCACGCCUUCUUCUUUGGCUUCGUGGCCUCCACCACUGUGAAGCCGUUUCAGAAGCACGUCAUUCUUGAAUCUAUAGUGGACACAGCCUAUGGCCUGCAGCUAUUAACGAACACGUACAUGCCAGCGUGGGCCAGCCCCUUCCCGCGCUACGUGAGUGCGGACUACCGAGUGGCGCCCAGCAAGCAGGACUCGUGGGUCGUCAGCGACUUCCACUCCUGGGACUCCGUGCCCUUCCUCGGCUGGCCCGUCAAGGACCAGAAAGACUGCAAUGCUUGUUGGGCGUUUGCGCUGGUGGCGAGUGUGGAAGCGGCAUACGGCAUUGCAAUGAAUGGGGAGGCGCCGCAGCUGUCAGUGGAGUCGCUCUUUGCAGCCAUGGGGCUCACCUCCGAGGCUGACAAGUGCAGCACGGGGGGCUCCCCCACUGAGGCGCUUGAAACGCUUCUCACGCUGCCCAAUGGCGGAAUCACAAAGGCUGGCGCACCUACCUUAAAGUACCAAGAUCCUGGCUGCUACACCGGCAGACUGAACCACGCUGUACUCGUUGUUGGCUACUUCGUCUUCAGAAAUGACGGCAGCCAAAAUCGCAUUGCGCCUCCAUUUUGGAUUAUCCGCAACUCGUGGGGAGUGGAGUGGGGUGACAGGGGCCAUAUGCGCAUGGACAUUCAGGGAGGUGAUGGCGUGUGUGGCAUCAACGUUCUGCCUGGCAUCUACCCCAUUGUCAAGAUGGACGUGUGUGGGUCUGACUUGAAGAACCCCUGCUAUGUGGGCACAUGCAUCAACGACGGCAAGGGCUCUUACUCGUGCAUCUGCCCUCCUAACUACAUUGAAAGCACAACCAUUGACAACUUCCCCACCUGCGACCCAGCCAACACCACGGCCAGCACUCUGGCAGUGAGUGGCAGCAACUGGUGGUGCACUGAUGUCCUCCCUCUUGUGGGCCUCUCACUUGCACAAUUCAUGCAUAAUAAUGCGGCCAUCGACUGCAGUCAUCCUUUGCCUCGCAACGUGGUGCUUCAGCUGGGGAAUCCUCUCCUCAUUCCCUGCACCGCAUUCUUCUACACCAUCAGCAGCGACACAUGCUGGUCCAUCAGCACGCAGCUGGGCUUCACCAGCAGCAACCUCACUGCUCUCAAUCCCGGCCUCAACUGCUCUGGGCCCAUCAAGGCGGGCCGCUCUCUGUGCGUUGAGCGCAACGCCACCUUCGCUUUCACCGUCCCUCAGUGCUCGCGAUACGGCGUGCUCACACCACAGGACACGUGCGAGCGCCUGCUGCGGCAGGUGGAGGGGAGUGAGGGCGACCCCACUGGGACUGCGGAGGUGAAUGCCAUGCGCUGGGCUGAGCUGUACCGCAACAAUCCCGGCCUCAUCUGCUCCGAUGUCAUCCCGACCACCGCCUCUGCUGUUGGAAGCAACACUGGCGUGCAGGUGUGUGGUGGAGGGUAA